CCUACGAGUGGGUCAUAAUCACCACGACAACCCCCUCGCUGCCUCUCCCAUUCUCCCCUACCUUUUACGCUCUUCUUGACGGCUCGAUUGUUGCUUUCCGACUGCUCCGACUCCCUCACCGCAGUCGUUUCCGCCCAGCAUGGCCAUGAUGAAGGAGCAGGUCGGCGAGGUGCUGCUCGGCACCACCGAGGAACCCCAACUGUCGCAUCUCACCCGCAGCGCCUUUCUCAAGCAUGCGAAGAAGGAUCCCGAGACGGGCGAGCACUACCUGGACGAGGAGACGUUCAUCGACGCCGUUGCGCCCGAGAGCGAGGACUACCACAAGAUCAAGCGCUACCAGUAUGGCAUCCUCUUCCGCGUCGCCGACCGCGACCGCAAGGGCCGAGUGACGAUGCAGGACUGGGGCGUCUUCCAGAACCUGCUCGCGAAGCCCGACGCCGAGUACGAGGUCAUCUUCCGCUUCUUCGACAAGAACCGCACCGGCUACAUCAACUUUGACGACUUCUACGAGACAUGGAAGGAACACAAAGGGGAGCACAGCUUGCCGUUCAACUGGAAUAGCGAAUGGGCCACUCUGUACAUCGGUGGUAAGGAUAAGAGACAUACCAUGACGUACCCCCAGUUCGCCCAGAUGCUCCGCGGUCUACAGGGUGAGCGGGUACGGCAAGCCUUCCUGCAUUUCGACAAGAACAAGGACGGCUUCAUUGAGCCCGAGGAGUUCCAGCGCAUCAUCAAGGAGACGGCGAGCCAUAAGCUGUCCGACUAUCUGCUCGACAACCUGCCGACGCUGUGCAACAUCUCGGCCGGAAGCAAGAUUUCGUAUGCCAACGUCAGGGCCUUCCAGAACAUGAUCCAGCAGAUGGACAUGGUCGAGCUGAUUAUCCGGAAUGCGACCACCAAGAGCGCCGACGGCAAGAUUACUCGUACCGAUUUCCUGAACGAAGCCGCGAGGAUAAGUCGGUUCAACCUGUAUACCCCCAUGGAGGCCGAUAUCCUCUUUCACUUUGCCGGUCUCGACCAGCCCUCUGGUCGACUGGGCCUCAAGGAUUUUGCACGCGUGCUCGACCCUGCAUGGCAUACCGUGUCACAUGUAGGACUCGGCAGCAUCGCGGAUGCUGGCGCAAAAGCGUUUGCGUCCUCCAAAUCUCUCCUUUACGACGUUCUGGAGUCGGUGCACCACUUUGCUCUCGGAAGCUUAGCAGGAGCGUUCGGUGCCUUCAUGGUGUACCCCAUUGAUCUGGUCAAGACGAGAAUGCAGAAUCAGAGGAAUUCGGCCGUGGGUCAGGUGCUGUACAAGAACUCAAUCGACUGCGCGAAGAAGGUGGUGCGCAACGAAGGGUUCAGAGGGCUGUACUCUGGAGUGCUCCCACAGCUCGUGGGGGUGGCGCCGGAGAAAGCCAUCAAGCUGACGGUCAACGACCUGGUGCGAGGCAAGUUCACAGACAAGAGCACGGGACAGAUUUGGUGGCCGUGGGAGAUUCUGGCAGGCGGUGCUGCUGGUGGAUGCCAAGUGGUCUUCACCAACCCGCUGGAGAUUGUAAAGAUUCGGUUGCAGGUGCAGGGCGAGGUCGCGAAGACGGUGGAAGGGGCACCCCGUCGCGGUGCCGUUUGGAUUGUGCGGAACCUGGGCCUCGUGGGCCUGUACAAGGGAGCUAGCGCAUGCUUGUUGCGCGAUGUGCCCUUCUCGGCCAUCUACUUCCCCACGUACAGCCACCUGAAGAAGGACUACUUUGGCGAGAGCCCGCAGAAGUCGCUCGGAGUGUUGCAGAUGCUCACGGCGGGCGCGAUAGCAGGCAUGCCGGCAGCGUACCUCACGACACCGUGCGACGUGAUCAAGACGCGGUUGCAAGUCGAGGCGCGCAAGGGCGAGCAGACGUACCAAGGACUGCGACACGCGGCAAAGACGAUCUGGAGAGAGGAAGGGUUCCGUGCGUUCUUCAAGGGCGGGCCAGCGCGGAUUCUGCGGUCGUCUCCGCAGUUCGGCUUCACGCUGGCCGGGUACGAGCUGCUCCAGCGGGCGUUCCCGAUGCCAGGGCACGGCGAGGACGAGGGACCGGGCGGGCACGUCGAGCCGGGCGUGGGACUUGCAGAAGCGAAGGCGCCGUUGCCGUAUCUGCGCAGUCGGAACGCGCUCAAGGUCAUCCUCGACCUGGACGAGAACUUUGGCCGCCCCCGGCUGCCGGCCGGCAAGCAGUGGACGGGCGUACCUGGCUUUGGUGGGAAAUCCCAACUCUCCUCCUCCUGAGUGGCAAGCAUGCAAGUGCAAGAAUAGCAGGCUGCCUUUUUUGCUAAAGGGAAAAACAGAGGAAAGCAAGGGAGAAUGGGGGGUGUAGAGAGUGUCGGGGUAAAAAGGGGAUUGGACAGAGGCUCGUAAAAAGAGGUGGCUUUCGGCACGAGUCUGGGGGCGUCUCGGU